AUGGAAGACCACCGGACGGGCCUCCAGAAGACCACCCAGAGGAGAACCAAGGAGGCAACAGGCCUGAGAGCAAUUACCACGGUGAGAGACUGCUCCGACCAAGUGCUCAGAGGGGGCCAAAAAAGUGGAGUGUACCUGGUGACCCCUGACCUCCGCAGCAGAAGUUUCCCGGUCCUCUGCGACAUGGAGCUGGAUGCGGGAGGAUGGACGCUGCUGCAGCGCAGACAGGACGGCAGCGUGAGUUUUAACCGCACCUGGGAUGAGUACCGAUCAGGCUUCGGGGAGCUGGAUGGAGGGGAGUUCUGGCUGGGCAACAACAUGAUGCACCUGCUGACCCGGGACAGGGACAUGGUGCUGCGGGUGGAGCUGGAGGACUUUGAUGGUGUGAUGGAGUACGCAGAAUACGAGCACUUCAGGGUUGGAAGUGAAAGGAUGCGCUACAGACUGACGGUAGGCGCUUACUCGGGCACCGCUGGUGAUGCUCUCCGCUUCAGCAAAAGUUAUGAUCACAACAACAGGGCGUUCACUACGCCGGACAGGGACAACGACCGCUAUCCAUCCGGAAACUGCGGGGCGUACUACAGUUCAGGCUGGUGGUUUGAUUCCUGCAUGGCUGCCAAUCUCAACGGGAGAUACUACGUGGGGAGCUACAAGGGAGUGCGAGAUGGGAUAUACUGGGGAACGUGGCGUAACAUAUCCACAGAGUAUUACCCAACCAAUCAAAGGCAGUCAUUUAAAACUGUCAGGAUGAUGAUCAGACCAAUAAGCUUUGCACCAUGAACCUUGACUCUACCAGGGCAAGUUGAAAAAAAACAAAAAAACAUAAACCAUAAAUUUAAUAAAGCCGUCUAUACACAGUUAUUUUUUACUACUAACACAAGGCUGCCGCCUUGUGGUGUUUGAUUCUGCAAUAAUCAUUUGUUCACAGGAUAAUAUUACAAUAACUGAGGAUGUACAUAGUUACAAAGGUAAUGAUUAGAAUUACAUUGUAACUUUUUAUAACAUUUUAAUAUUAAUAUAUUUGUGUUUUUUUAUUAUUGGAAAUUAACAAUGAGAGAUGGAAAUCUUUUUUUCAGUGUAUGUGACGGGUAUGAAGCAGUGGAUGAUCUUUUAUUAUUGAAUUACUGGAAAGCGAGUUGAAGGUUGAUUGAAGAUAUAUGUUUUGUAAUAACUGUGUUG